AUCUCCUCCUCCUCGACCCUUCCGUUUCCGUUGAAGGUGUCGCUCUGUUACCCACAAAUCCCGGCUGGUUAAUACGACCAGCUACGACAUUCUUUACCUGUCACUCUUUUGAAAGUGUAGCCGUCUGAUCAUGAAAGUCAACAUGAACUUUUCCGGCCUUCUGGCUGCCGUGGUCCUGGCUGUGUCCCUCGGGACGCCCUCUGAUGCGCGCCCUGCACCCUCGGGUUCGGGCCUUGUGACGGUCCCCAUCACCCGCAUCCACAAGACUAGCCACCGGGACAUUAUUGAUACCCAAGCUAUUCAUCUGCAACAUGUUAACCGCGGAAACCAGCGCCUGGCCCUCAUGUCGGGUCGCCCUGCCCCCACCCCCGAGGAAUUGCAGGAGAUCCACCGACGCACAGGCGAGCUCCCGGCCGACUUGAGCAAGCGGUACUGGCGGGAGGGUGUUGUGAAAUGGCUCGAGGACCUCAAGACCCAGAUGAAGGGCGCCGGCUCUGCCAUGUCCAAGGUCGAGAGUUUCAUGGACACCGACGGCUCCGGCUCUAGCUCUGGGGGAUUCAACCCGAUGGAUUUGGAUGCCGCGAACGAGAACACUUUGACCCCCGCGAACGCUCCAUCGUAUGAUCAUUCCCUUGGUUUAGAUAUCUCUGCCAAUGACAUUGGGUAUCUCGCAACCAUUCAGAUCGGGACUCCCCCUCGGGACUUCAAGGUCCUGGUCGACUCCGGCUCAUCCGACCUCUGGGUGGGCGCCGAGAACUGUGCAGCUAACGGGGGAGGCAGCUGCGGCAACCACACGUUCAUCGGCUCCAGCAGCAGCACCUCCUUCAACGACACCCAGAAGACCUGGGCCAUCACAUACGGAUCCGGGUUCCUCUCGGGUACCAUUGCCCAGGAUGACAUUGAAAUCGCGGGUAUGAAGCUCCCUGCCCACCAGUUCGGCGCGGCUCAGAACGAGAGCUCGCAAUUCACUGGUUCAGAUACCCUCUUCGAUGGUAUCAUGGGCCUGGGGGGUUCGCAACUCUCCAACCAAGGGAUCCCCACCAUCGUCGAGGCUCUCCACAGCGCUGGGCUCAUCCAAGCACCGGUCACUUCAUACAAGCUAGCCCGUCUGGCCGAUGGCAACAAUGACGGAGAGAUCACCUUCGGCGGCAUGGACCCUGCCAAAUUCGAUGCUUCGAGCAAGGUCACCGUGAAGAACGUCAGCCCCAAGGGAUACUGGGAGGCGAACGUCGACUCCUUCAAGGUUGAUGGCAAGGAUGUCAAUUUGUCUGGGAGGACCGCUAUCCUGGACACUGGCACCACCUUGAUCGUAGGCCCUGGCCUCGAUGUCGACGCGCUUCACGAGGCGAUGCCCGUCUCCCGCUUCGACGGGUUCAAUUGGAUCAUCCCUUGCACUACAACCACCAAAGUCUCCCUCACUUUUAGUGGCAAGGAGUUCGAGAUCGACUCCCGGGACCUGACCUUCCUGCCCGUCUCCUCCACCAACUUGACCGGUGACUGCUACUCCUCGAUCACGAGGGGCACCGUAGGAGGCGACCAAGAGUGGCUCGUCGGAGACGUCUUCCUGAAGAACGUGUACUUCUCCACCGAUGUCGGCAGUAACGAGAUAUCGCUCGCGUCGCUGGCAUGAACGGACUCGUAUCAGCUAUCCGAUGACUAUACCUGGAUCUGAUGAUACCAUCUGUGGCAUUCUUGCUCUGUACACUGUGAUAGCUUUGCAUUAUAACGGCGUUAUAACACGUCCUUAUUGCACGUAGAAACCAUCUAUCCGG